CUGAAAUGACUGACAGGAUCGAGCCGAUCCAAAGCGGGAUGAAUCUGCACUCCUUUGUUAGCCGCCGCUUACCUGGAGAACCAGCUGAAGUUGUGAUUGCAAACCCUCACGUUUGUCAUGCAGGUAGAGAACACCCACCCGAGGUGUUUUCUGGGUUUGCUGAGCUGCCUAUUCUUGGCUUGUCUCUACGUUGGCAGUUUGUACGUCUGGAGAAGCAGCUCACCAAGGGAUCAUCCCAGUGUGAUAAAGCGUCGCUGUGCUAGUGUGCUGCUGGUCUCUGCAGUGUCACCUGCAGUCGUGAAGACAUGGAUACACUGGGCUGAUGUCAAGGCGGACGUGUCUGUGUGGGAGUUGAUGGGACUUCGCAUGGACGGUUUGUUUGCUGCAUCCAUAUUACCUUUAUUACUUACUAUGGUUUUUUAUCUCGGCCCACUGGUUCACUCCGCUAUGGACAACCCCAAAGGCUUCACCGGGGAAAUGCAGUGUGCACUGGAUGUUCAGUCAUGGAGGCGGUGUGCGGGGGACGCAGUGUGGCUCAGAAACCAGGUGGUGGCACCAGUGACAGAGGAGCUGGUGUUCAGAGGGGCCAUGCUUCCUAUGUUGGUGCCCUGCACGGGACCCACAGGCGCUAUCGUCACAGCUCCACUGUUCUUUGGAGUUGCUCAUUUCCACCAUGUCAUAGAGGAGCAACGCCUUGGGAAAGAGAGCAUGAGUGUCAUCCUUCUGGUGGCAGGGAUGCAGUUCUUGUACACAACUGUUUUUGGUGCUUUUACUGCCUUUAUAUUCAUGAGAACUGGGCAUGUUGUCGGUCCAGUUUUGUGCCAUUCAUUUUGCAACAGUCAGGGCCUGCCUGACAUCAGCUCUGCCCUGCAACACCCUCACAGUUCAGCUCUGCUCUUCUCAUAUCUGAUAGGAGGCCUGCUGUUUCUGGUGCUGCUCUUCCCACUGACAGACCAGUACUUUUAUGGUCCCAUUCCCAUCUGCAGCCUGGCUCCCCCUCCAGCGUCGGUUUGCUGAAUGAAAUCGAAUUAAGUUAAAUGCGCUCCAGCUCUCCUUCUUUUACUCUGGAUUUCAUUUUGUGAUGUAAAAAGUUGCUGGGUUUUUUUUCUUUUUAACAAAACUGAAAAUCUAUGCGUGUAUAUAUGUCUGUGCGUGGGUUGGUCAGCAUGAGAGCAGAAUGAUUAGAGCAGUUUAGACAUUUCCUGCAUGGUCAAAAAUAUUUCCUACUGUAUUGAAACUCAAUGCCAGUACAACUUUCCCUGGUUAAAAGGGAGAAAAAGAGUGUGUGUGUGUGUGUGUGUGUGUGUGUGUGUGUGUGUGUGUGUGUGUGUGUGUGUGUGUGUGUGUGUGUGUGUGUGUGUGUGUGUGUGUGUGCGCGCGUGCAUGGCUGAGAAAAACAGAUGAACUGUGAAAGGGAAGGCAGUAGAAAAAAACACAUGCAGACAGAGAGAUGGAGACAGACACAAACACAGACGAUGUUGCCAGAAAAUACACAAAGGGAACCAAAGUGAGAGGCACAACUAAAACGUGUGCUAUUAGGACAAAUAAGGCUAUGGCAGUCAGAUUGUAGCAGUAAAUACAGAAAGAAGUGAGGGAAAAUGGUUGGAGUGGGCGGAGAAAAGGAAAGCGGAGAAAAUAAAGGAGAAAUGUAAAGGAAAAGUGGAGGGGGAAGAAGCUUAAAGUAUUUCCCCAGGGAAACUGAAAAUGUGAAGUAGCAGAGAGGAGGGAGAGGAGGUCAUUCAGGGUCUGUGGAAAUGGUUAAAGGUUGCAUUGGACAAUUAAGAUUUAUGAGUCAGACAGAUGUUUACAAAUUAAAACAGAGGGGUAAAGUCACGCAUGUUUCUGCACAUGUACUACGUGCAUAUCUUAGCUGUUCUUCAGUCAGUAAACUCUGGUCUUGACUAAAGUUUUUUUUAAUCCCAUUUCAACUGGUAAGGUUUUUUUUUAAGCCUUUAUUAGAUGGAAAAGGAGAAAAGUGGGGGAAAUGACACGCAGGAGAUGGUCUGUGGCAGAUAUGAACACAAACAGCCUUUGGCAUACGGGCUGCCUGUUUAACCACAUGUACAGACGCUCCUGCAGCAAAAAAAGAUCUGAUUUUUGUAGUGUGCUUCUGUACACCACCACAGUGGAUUCAACCACAUGUGAUUGAAGCACAGACUUUCAGCUUUAACUCAAAGGCUUUAACAAACAUAUUAUACUGGCUGUUUAGGAAUUACCGUUCCCCAUUUUCAGAGCCUCAAAAUGAAUUGGACAGUUGACUCAUAAGCAGGUUCGUACCACACUGAGGCCUGUUCUCUUGUUGUAUCAAACUAUUUAAUUUGUAACUUUUGAAUUGACCAAAUCAAAAGUCUUUCUAAAAAGAAUGAAUGCACUGGUUCUCUCAGCAACACCAAAAUACCUGAAAGACCACAGAAGAUGAAAGUGGAUGAUGACAGAAUUAUUUCCAUGGUUAAGAAAUGGUUAAGAAAAACAUCUUUACAAUAUCUAACAAUGUAAGAAGAUUCUCCAGUAGGUAGAGGUAAAGUCUCUAAAAGAGCCUGCACAGUUCAGAAAAAAAAAUAUUGGACAGAUGAAACAAAGUAUAACUUCUACCAGAACGAUGGCAAGAAAAAAGUUAGUAGAAGGAGAGAAACAGUGUGUCAGGCAUGGUGGAGGUAAUGUUAUGAUAUGAUAAUAUAUGGCUUUCAGUGAAACCAGGUAACUAGUGGAGGGUUGUUUUUUUUUUUUGAUGUAGUGACUCCUGGUAGAAAUAGCAGGAUUAAUACUGAAGCAUUCAAGGCUGUACACUCUGCUCAGAUUCAUCCAAAUGCUGCAAAAACUGAUUCGACAGCGUUUCAUGGUGAAAUAGAUACUGGCUCAAAGCAACCCAAGAGUUUCGCAAAGAAAAGAAAUGGGAUAUUUUUCAAUGGUAAGGGCCAGCCAUUGACUGCAAAGGACUUUCAGCCUAACCACCCAAGUAUUAACAUUAUGGGAGAUUGUCCAAUUACUUUUCAACCUCUGAAAUGGGGGGACAGUAAAUGCAAUACAUUUGUUAAACCCCUUGAAUUAAAGCUUUAAAAAAUAAAAUAAAUAAAAAUCUGGACUUCAAUCACAUCUAUAUUGUUUGAUUUAAAAUCUCCUGUGGUGGUGUACAGAGGCAAAACUACAAAAAAUGCAUCUCUUGCCAAAAACUUACUGACUUAAGUGGAUUCAUUAAGGCAACUUUAACUACACUGAGCAUUCAAAAUGCUUUUGCAUCCAAAUUCAUUCUCAAAUUGGCAUUAAAUCAUGCACAUAAGACAACAGUAUACUGCACCUACAAUAUUAAAAGAUUUGAAUUUGAACUCUGACUGAUGUUUCAGCUGGGCAAAUAACACUGUUUCAAAGUGCUGCUGGCUAAGAUGAGGACAGAGCUAGGGAUCAUCUUCAAAAUGAAGCACAGAAACGAGAUAGAACAAAAAUAAGCCCUACCUUCACUUUUACACAUUCUUCCAAACCAAAAUCACUUCAUAAGUCAAUCUCAUCCUGUCGCCGAUACCACAGCAUUGCAGCUUCACCUUUAUUGUUUGGCGCUGGGCAGUUUUUUAGCUUUAUCCGACUGCAGCUGUCUGCACCUGAAAAUGACACACGGCUCAUGAUGUAUGAUAUACAAGCAUCUCCUUUUCACGUUGUAGCGUCAGCCGCGGGUGUCACACUUGGAUGGAUUGAAUAUUUCAGAUUUAAAAGGAUUAAAAAAGCUUUUUUUUCCCAGAUCUUUAUUUAUUCGGGGCUAGACUGCUCAUUUGUCAGCAUGCUCCUUCCCUGCUUCGCUUUCCUACAUUUCAACUCAGUGAUUCUUGGCAUCUUUCCAGCUCAACAAGGUCUACUAAAUUUGUGGGACAUUGCUGCACUGACUCAAACUUGGCAGCAGGUUUUUGUAAGAAGCUUCUGAAAGAAAAAGGUGGAACCUGCUUCAUGGCUGGGAGUAUUAAACAAAGACAGUAGAGGAAAAAUGCAUAUUUUUGCAUUGUUUUAGGGAGUGAUUUACUUUGGUUAGACUUCUUUUUUUCUUAUUUACUUUAGAAAAGCUGUUUUUUGAGAGAAAAAGAGUAGGAAAAUGAGCCCGGAUCAAAUGAGGGACGUGGAUGUGUGCAAAAUGUGAAGUUUCCAGGAUAUAAAACGGUGCAGAAAUGAGUCAGACACAUGACCGUUCUACACAUCAGACGCCCGUCUGUCUCUUUGUUUCUCCUUUUGUGUCCUCUCCUUUCUUUUCGCAGUUGAUGCUUUUACCAUUACAAACACACACACGCGCACACACGAAUGCUCCCUCCCUGGAGAAAUAUUACUGUAUCGUGAAAUGCAGAGCAGAGAAGUGUCGUCCAUGUGUGCAUGCGUGUGUCUAUGGAAAAGCUGAGCCUGUCAUCUGGUAAAGAAAUAAUCUUUCAGGAAUUAUCCUCUCCCAGUUUUCUGUCCUCCCAUUCUGCCUCUCAGCAGUUUUUAAACCUUGACUCGCUGUUUGUCUGAGGUUUGUUUAUACAUGUGUGAUUCUGUACAUGCAGCUGACUCCUAUUGCAGUUAAUAAUACAUAAAUCAUUGCCUCCUUAUCCUUUGCUACUCAUGUUCCUUUUUAUUUCGCUGUGCUAAGCUUCUUUUUUUUACCUGCAGAGUUUGGUGGAGAAUGUUUUAUCUUGUUUUUCAGGUAAGCAAGUAAUGAAGGAACUUUUUAGCAUUUUCAGCCUGUAGUUGAGGCGAUGUUUGCACUGUGUGAUGAUUUAACUAUUAAUACGUAAAGGUUAAAAAUCAAAUGAGACACCUUCACUGCUUUGACAUAGCUUCAAUGCUUAUUUACCAACUUGCAGCUGACAAAACCGUCCAUACAUUUUUAGCCGAUGCAUCCAGUAAUUGUAGACUAUAACCAACGGGAAUUGAUCUCCUCGCGAUUUAACAACUGGAGAGCGACCCUGGUCGGUUCAGAUGUUUGUGGUAUAGAUUUGUUGACAGUGUGGGUGUGGAUGGAGGGCAUUUGUGUCUCCUGUGAAAGAUGAAGCAUGUGGACGUUGUAGAAGAAGUGGAUAAAAGUAUCCUCUUUUUCCUCCACUGAAAUUACCAGGAAUGCCUACAGUCUAUUAUUUAACCACAAGGCCACUGCUAAUUGUUUCAGUGUGUGUGUGUGUGUGUGUGUGUGUGUGUGUGUGUGUGUGUGUGUGUGUGUGUGUGUGUGUGUGUGUGUGUGUGUGUGUGUGU